AUGAGCUCCACCAACACCGAAACCAAUCAGCCAGAGGCAAUGCAGCAGCUCAUCGAGAGCUAUGCGCAGCUCUUUAAGAAUGGGCAGAGAUCGCCCAUCCUACGUCGGCCAUCGGAGUACGGAAUGGCCUACGAAGACAUUUUUUUUCCUUCGCUGGAUGGGACGGUACUGCAAGGCUGGUUCAUCCCCGCCCCCCAGUCCCAAAAGCUCAUCAUUGCCAAUCACCCCAUGACCUGCAACCGCUAUGGCUAUCCUGGCCAUCUAGAUGGUUACGAUGGUUUUGGAGGCUUCGAGGUCAAUUUCCUGCCCGACUACAAGGCUCUCCACGAUGCGGGCUUCAGCAUCAUAGCUUACGAUCUCCGCAACCACGGCAUCUCAGCGCAAGGGUCCGGCGGUGUCUGCGGCGCACUGGGGUACUACGAAGCUCGCGAUGUUGUGGGCUCGCUGCUCUAUGCGCGGAAGCGACCCGAGACAAAGAACAAUUCCAUUGGCCUCCUCAGCCGAUGCAUGGGCGGCAACUCAACCAUCCAUGCCAUGUCGCACUUCCCAUCUUAUUUUGGCGACGACAUCAAGUCCAUGAUUCUGCUGCAGGCUGUGUCGGGCCAUGCUUUCGUGGAGCAGGGCGCCAAGAACGCCGGUCUUGAUGUCGAGGCUACCGUUACUGCGUUUGACAAGCGCAUCCACGACCUCACGGGCUUCAGGCUCAAGGAGCUCACGCCGAUCCCUCUGGCCAGAAAUGUCACGGUGCCGACAUUGGUCGCCCAAGUCCGCAACGACUGUCUGAUCGACACCAAGGACACGCAGGAAAUCUUUGACGCUUUGUCAUCCAGCGAGAAGGACAUAAUUUGGAUCGAGAAUAGCACACGCAGAUUUGACGGAUACAACUAUUUUGCGAAAAAUCCUGAGCGCAUGGUGGAGUGGUUUACCAAGUUCGUUUAG